GACGAAGCAUCGCCUCUCGCUCGCUCGAGGAUUUCUUAAAACUUUUUAUUUUUCUAUAAAUAAUAAAUUUAGAUAUUCGAAUUAUCAUAAGCCAUGAUGCGUCGCUCGUCAACCAGGAAAACUGGGUCGCAGAACUCCUCCUCCGCCAUGAAUUCUUCACACGUUGAUCUCUUUCGCUCCGCCUCUAGUAAAGCCAUUGUUAAGGAGCUGGAGCGGAUUGAGCAGCUAUUUAAUUCAUACAUGAAUACGUCGUCUAGCAUGAUUGACCCAGAAGGAAUUGAGGCACUUUGUUCAGAUCUGGAAGUGGAUCAUACUGAUGUCAGGACACUGAUGCUUGCUUGGAAAAUGAAAGCUGAGAAGCAAGGAUAUUUUACCCUGGAUGAGUGGAGAAGAGGCCUCAAAGCACUACGAGCUGACACUAUCAACAAAUUGAAGAAGGCGCUCCCCGAGCUAGAGAAAGAGGUCAGAAGGCCACCGAAUUUUGUGGACUUCUAUUCCUAUGCAUUUCAAUACUGCCUAACCGAGGAGAAGCAAAAGAGCAUUGACAUUGAUAGCAUUUGCGAAUUGCUGGAUCUUGUUUUAGGAUCCCAGUUCCAUGCUCAGGUUGAUUUGCUUAUUGAGUAUUUCAAGAUCCAGAAUGAUUACAAGGUUAUUAACAUGGACCAGUGGAUGGGGUUUCUCCGGUUUUGCAACGAGAUAAGUUUCCCCGACUUGAGCAACUAUGAUCCUGAUCUUGCUUGGCCCUUGAUCUUGGACAAUUUUGUUGAAUGGAUGAGAACAAGGCAAAGCUAGCGUUAGUAUUUUCUGGCAAUGUUUAUUCUCUGCCUGAAAUUACAGUAAUUGUUUGUUACAGAAGGUAACUGUUCUAACAUUCUUGUUUUCCAAGUUCUCAUCAACUGAACAUCUUGAGGGGAAAAUAUUGGUGAAAUCUUUAAAUUAUUACACUCUGAUCAAUCUGUGUACAGGACUGUUCCUAGAUUAUAUUGAAUUUAUGAAUUUAUACACUCGGGACUCUUGCCAAAGCCCUGUAGCGCAAAAGUUGCACAUUUCUGGUGCU